GUUGUCUUUGGUGUUGUUUAUGUAAUGUUUACCAUCCGGUGGGCUCGAGGUCGUGUGUCUUUGAAGGGAGACUAUUAGAAUAUUGUGGAACUUUUCAUUCCUAGCAUGAAGGAGUACCGCAGUGCCACAGUUCUUUAACUUGCAAACUGUAAAGCUUGUCCCACCCAGAUAUGAUUGUUUGGACUGUAGCAUCAUAAAUAUAAUUGCAGCAGAAGUUGAAAGAUCUGCUUGUGUGUCAAGAUCCCAGUAUACUUUUCUGAUAUUACAGUAUCAGGGAGGAUACGCCCAAAAAAUCUGAGAGAAAAUAAAAUUUAAAAGAUAGCUGUGAACCAGACAUGCGAAUGAUGUAUUUGUGGCCUUGGACAUGAAGUAAUCGGACCUCUGUUGCCGUCACUGUAGGCUCAGGGGCUGAUGAGGAAAGCAUGGACCUGAUGAACGGGCAGGCCAGCAGUGUCAAUAUCGCAGCUGCUCUCGCCGAGAAAAGUAGCAGCUCGGAGUCAUUAAGCGAGAAGGGCUCUGAAUUGAAGAAAAGCUUUGAUGCUGUGGUAUUUGACGUGCUUAAGGUUACGCCAGAAGAAUACGCGGGUCAGAUAACACUAAUGGAUGUUCCGGUGUUUAAAGCUAUUCAGCCAGAUGAACUUUCAAGUUGUGGAUGGAAUAAAAAAGAAAAAUAUAGUUCUGCACCAAAUGCAGUUGCUUUCACAAGAAGAUUUAAUCACGUAAGCUUUUGGGUUGUGAGAGAGAUCCUCCAUGCUCAGACACUGAAGAUAAGGGCAGAAGUUCUGAGCCACUACAUUAAAACUGCCAAGAAACUAUAUGAACUUAACAACCUUCACGCACUUAUGGCUGUGGUUUCUGGCUUACAGAGUGCGCCAAUUUUCAGGUUGACUAAGACGUGGGCGUUAUUAAGUCGAAAAGACAAAACUACCUUUGAAAAAUUAGAAUAUGUAAUGAGUAAAGAAGAUAACUACAAAAGACUCAGAGACUACAUAAGCAGCUUAAAGAUGACUCCUUGCAUUCCCUACUUAGGCAUCUAUCUGUCUGACCUGACCUACAUUGACUCUGCGUAUCCAUCCACUGGCAGCAUUCUAGAAAAUGAACAAAGAUCAAAUUUGAUGAAUAACAUUCUUCGAAUAAUUUCUGAUUUGCAGCAGUCCUGUGAAUAUGAUAUUCCCAUGUUGCCUCAUGUCCAGAAAUACCUGAACUCUGUUCAGUAUAUAGAAGAACUACAAAAGUUUGUGGAAGACGAUAAUUACAAGCUCUCCUUAAAGAUAGAACCCGGAGCUAGUACACCACGCUCAGCUGCCUCCAGGGAAGACCUGGCAGGUCCUGACAUGGGCGCCUCGCCCCAGGGCGGGAGGAAGAGCAGCGCGGCCGCGGCCGAGGGAGCCUUCCUGCCACAGACGCCCCCGUCCCCUCGGAACCUUAUUCCACAUGGACACAGGAAGUGCCACAGCCUGGGUUACAAUUUCAUUCAUAAGAUGAACACAGCAGAGUUUAAGAGCGCGACGUUCCCAAAUGCAGGGCCCCGGCACCUGCUGGAUGACAGCGUCAUGGAGCCGCACGCUCCGUCCCGAGGCCACGCUGAGAGCUCCACGCUGUCCAGCGGAAUAUCCAUAGGGAGCAGUGAUGGUUCUGAACUAAGCGAAGAGACCUCAUGGCCAGCUUUUGAAAGGAACAGAUUAUAUCAUUCUCUCGGCCCGGUGACAAGAAUGCCCCGAAAUGGCUAUCGAAGCCACACGAAGGCCAGCAGCUCUGCAGAGUCAGAAGACUUGGCCGUGCAUCUGUACCCGGGAGCAGUUACCAUUCAAGGUGUGCUCAGGAGGAAGACCUUGUUAAAAGAAGGCAAGAAACCCACAGUAGCAUCUUGGACGAAGUAUUGGGCAGCCUUGUGUGGAACACAGCUUUUUUACUAUGCCGCCAAAUCUCUGAAGGCUACAGAAAGAAAGCAUUUCAAAUCAACGUCAAAUAAGAACGUGUCUGUGCUGGGCUGGAUGGUGGUGAUGGCCGACAACCCAGAGCACCCCGACCUCUUCCUGCUGACCGACUCCGAGAAAGGAAAUUCAUACAAGUUUCAAGCUGGCAGCAGGAUGAAUGCAAUGCUGUGGUUUAAACACUUGAGUGCGGCCUGCCAGAGUAACAAACAACAGGUUCCUACAAACUUGAUGACUUUUGAGUAAAAGCUGAGACAGAAGAGGAGUGCUAUUGUUCCCGUGUGGAGCCAGGACCUGCCGAGAGCCCAGCCGCACCACCCUGUGCCGGGAAGAGCCCCCUGGCUCCAGCCCAGCCUCCGGAGCUCAGAACCAAAAGCACUAAUUUCAGGGAAUGAAGUGAGAUGUUCCCAGAGAAAAAACAAUGGAGUUGCAAAGCAAACUGCCACGAACUAGCUUCCUCUCUCCGAACUGACCUGUGGAAACCACUGCCUUAACAGAGUGCGAGGAGAACCGACACCAAAUAGUGUGUGUGCGCGUCUUCUGGCGGUGCUGUGCUUGGAAUAAAUUGUAGCUAAUUUGCAUUUCUUUUAACUUUGUACUAAUUUUGGAGGGGAAACCAUCUUUUUUAGAUACACUUUAAAACGGAAAAACAUUUCUUAUGGAUUCCAUCAGGACCUGUUUUAGGUGCAGUGAGAGGUCCCUGUGAGGAACUGGCCGACGGCCCACCUGCAGGGUCUGCUCAGCCUCUGUCAGUGGCUGCCACCUCACCAGGCCCUGACAGGGACAUGCUGUGGAAGGAGGCGUGGGCGCCCUGGGGAUGUGUAGGGCAUGCGUUAUUUGGAUGAGGGAUCCACUUCAACACUACCGUUUGCUAGAAGGAGAACAUGAUUUCCUGCAAGAGGUACAAAGGUGGAGUGUUCACAGGCCAGCGGGCUCCAGGACACACAGUUGUUCCUAACCGAGGUUAAAGUUUAACUUUGUGUAGGAAUUCAUUGUUGGGCCCAGAUCCGCACAGGAGCACAGUAAUCCUGCGCUUGGGUUUCUGUAGCCUUUUCUAAGUCAAGUGGAUUCUCCAGCCACAGGGGUCAGCGUCGCGUCACAGGGAGGACCCUGGUGUCGCCUUGCAGUGUUUAAUGUGCAGUAUGCCAGACUUAUUUUUUAUUGAAUUUGUUUUUGUUCAGUAUGAGGUUCAAAAGCAUACUUGUUUAAAAGAUUCUUCAUGUAUAUGUAUGUAUUUUAUUGUAAGACAGAACAAUUUUAAGAAGAAUAAAGGCAAAGUUUGCAGUUCUAGGAAUUCAAAAUAUAAAACCUUUUCUUGUAUGACUAAACAAAAUGUACCAGAACAUUUUUUUUUCAGGAAGUUAUUGUCGGUCCCCAAUGUGGAAACCAUGUUUUGUUAGUGACUGACCAAGUGGUUGGAAAGAACUCUCCUAGGCAAUAACACAUUUAAUUUUUAAAACGAAUGUUGGACUUGACAUAGCUUAGAAUUUUAACCAAAGCUAGUGCUUGACUCCUGUGGGGUCGCCACUUUUACAGUGGUUCCCUGUGCAAAGGCCCUGACUGGCAGACACCUCCUAGCAAACUGUUCUUUCUUUGGGUCUCGUGUAAAAUGUCUUAUAUUUGUGUCCUUCAAGAAUUGUACACUUUAUCAGAAGUAUUUUGUCACCAAGCCCAUUGACCCUAACUAGAAAAUACUGUCUACACAGUAAUUAGCUAAAACAGAAAUUUGUCCAAGAGAAAGUAAAAAGCCUUUUCUGAGCAUUUCUAAUUUGAAUAAUUCAAAUAUGUUUGUCAUGUGACAGAAAUUCAUUAUUCGGGGCUUCAUUGACAAGCAGGGGAAGGCAGAUAUUGCCUGUAUGGAAUGCUUUUUCAGAUAACAGUCUACGCUAACCCAUGUUGGGUGUGCGUAGACGGAUCCUGAGUGGCCAGCAGGGUUGGAUUAGUGCAGGCCCUCCAUGUGCAUCUGAUUUUUGUUUUGCUUUUUUUUUUUUAAA